CGAAGGCAAUUCGGAGGUCACAUGCCACGAUUCGAAGGCAAUUCGCAGGUCACAUGCCCCGAUUCGAAGUCACAUGCCUAUUACAGAAAAAUCGUCCCUAAUUGACGCUCAGAUUGCACACAAAAGUGAACAAUUGUAGAGAAUUCGCUGUACGCAUUGAAAUUCGAGCCCGUCGGUGCCGCCCUCCGGUCGACAAUUCCAAGAAUCGAUCGCCUCGAUCGGGACAGUUUCGCGCGAAACGAUUCGCGAACGGGAAAUUCGGCCGCCGCGAUGGGCGACAUCCUGCAGAAUUGGAUCCAAGCGAGGCUGGGGAUCCUGAUCGAUCUCGGGCCGAAGGUGUUCGGCCAUUACACGAAGGACGGCAAGCUGCUGGCGCAGAUUCUUCUCAGUUACGACAUAAUAAGCCGCGAUCAGCUGGGAACGAUAAUCGCGACCCACGAUCCGGCGCUCUGCAGGGUGAACCUGAAGCACCUGAGCUUCUGGCUGCGGUUCCUCGGGAUCGAGCUCGACGACGAAAACAUCGACGAGAUCUCCUGCGGGAACGGCUCCGCGUCGUUGCGGCUGUUCUACAAGGUCUACCUGUGCCUCGAGACCAAGGACAGGCUGCACUUUAUCACCUUGCAGAAGGAGAGGGAAAAGUUCGUGCCCGCCUCCCGCAAGUUCGAGGUGAGCACCGUUUGCGAGGAUCCGGCGCCGUACGAGCCGCCGGAGCAUCCUCGCGCGAAAAAGUUGCUGGCGGGAAAGGAGACGGUCGUCGGAUGGCACAGAUCCAAGUUCCCGGCGAUCCUGCGGAAGCUGAAGAGGGAAAGGGAGAAGCUCGAGGUGCCCGCUUGGGACCCGUACCCGGUCGUGCGACCCGUCGAAUAUUGCCUCGACCAGGUAUUUGCUCGUUUUGCGCGACCUGCUGCAUCGAUAUUGCAAGGAGAGAUUUUAAAUAUUAUUCCAUUUGCAACAAGCAGCGCUCAAGCAUGCAGCGAGAAAACGCGGAAACUGUUCGACAAAUUAUCUACAAUAGCUAUUUUUCGGGAACAGCAGAUGGCGCCAGUGUGCAUUUCCGAAGGAUAA